UUUGAACUCGGAAGAGGUCAUCUUGAUAGAUUUUCCAGAAAGACCCAGGAGGGACAUAGGGGCUUUUUUGGAAGAAAUCUUAAGCAAGGUCAACCCAUCUUAGGAAAGCAGGAGUUCCCGAUGGCUGCCCUACCCACACCCCAGACCCUGGUCCAGAGCCCGCAGGUUCCACAUCCUGUGCCCAGGGCACCAGUCGGGACCCUGGAGCCGGAGGAGGGGGAGUCAGCAAGAGGCUUUGGUCUGCCCCCCGCGGCCCUCUUGGAAGCCCCACCUCUGGGAGACAUGCAGAGCCUCAAGGCCGAGCAGCUGCGGGGCCUGCUGGAGCCCGAGCGCGCCACGACGCUGCUGCCUCGCGAGAGCCGCACCUGGGAGAAGCAGGCCCACCCCACCUUCACCCGGGACUGGGAGGCCGUGGAUGUCGGGGCCAGCAGCUUGGACAGCGAUGAGCGAGACCUGUCUUCACAAGAGGCCGCCCUCUCCCAGGACUGGAGCUCAAUGGAUGAGGACGAUGAGUCAGAAGACUCUCAGGGCUUUGUGGAGUGGUCAAAGGCCCCACAGCAGACGACCAUAGUCUUGGUAGUGUGUGUGCUGUUUUUGUUCCUGGUUUUAACAGGGAUGCCUAUGAUGUUCCACAUUUAACCGUGAACGGUGGCUGUUGUUUUGAAACAGAUGCUGCCCUGUGUCUGUUAAGGAAGCAGCCUGGUGACAACAAUUGGCAAUGAGUAUGGAAUCUUAUCAAAUGCCUUUCAAGCACCGUCCCGAUGAUUUGUUUGUUUUUGUCAGGUUUGUCUCGGCACUCACUCUGUUGCUGUGAGGUUUACCACGACUGUAUCUCAUCUGACUUAGGGCCUUAUGGGCUCAGAAUGAUAUUAUUAUCAUUUUUUUUAAUACUGUGGAAAGAGAAACCAGCCCAGGGGGUGCAUGCAGUAGGGCAAGCGUUAUUGGGCUGCUAACCACAGGUAGGUGGUUCAAACCCACCAGCUGGUCUCAGGAAACAAGAUGAGGCCGUCUGCUCUCAUACAGAUCCACCCUCUCGGAAACCCUCUGUCCUAUUGGCUUGCUAUGAGACAACAUCGCCUCAAUGGUGGUGGGCUUUGUUUUUUGAGACAGGAAAGUGAGAGGUGUCGGACGUAGCAAACUGGAAGCUGCAUCCUGACCAGCGAAGGUGAGAAAAAUGUGCCCCGCAGGAUGGGUGAAGUUUGGUGGUAGGUUUCCUAACAUCAAAUCAUCUUUUCACUAGCACACCAGCCUUUCCACGUGCUGAGGUCUGUUCUUGGAUCGUUUGUGUACGUUUACCUCUGUCUUCAACAUAGCUUCUGGUCUCUAGGUUCACACGUGAGAUUGGUGCUAUCUUUGUCAAAUUCUGGUGUCCGGGAUAAGUUUGUGUCAGUGGCGGAUGUGAGUGAUGUUCACUCCCUUUUACUUUUGGACUUGUUUCUGUCGAAUGACAGGUAUCAAUUUCUUGACAUUGUACAAGAAUUCACUAGUAAAGCAAUUCGGUCCUGCAGCCACGGAGGGGAAGUUUCAGCUAAUUCUUGGGCAGCUUUCUCUUUCUUUCAGUAUUAUCAUUCCAUUGAGACUCUACUUCAUGAAUUUAUUUUUUUUUUAAUCAUCUGCAAUUUUCCUUUACCCCAUAGAAUUCUUGGUUAACUCCACAGAGCAUUUCAGAUGAAUUAUGCAUCUCUUAUUUUAGCAUUCAACAGAAUUAUCUCUAUCUGUUCUAUCCCUGUUCUCCUUUUACCUACUGUUUGUGGGUUACACGUUAGUAGAUUUUCCAAAGGUUUAUAGAGAUAACUACUUUUUCCCAAAGAGACAACACUGAAGUUUACUUAUAUCCAUUAUUUAUCUCAUUUGCAAUUUAGUGAUUUUCCUUUAAUUUGUACUCUGUUUGUUUCUGGUUGUUUUCAUCCCUUGUCUCGGUGUUUAAGUUGAAUGCUGAAUUUAAUUAUAUUGUCUUUUUUUUAAAAGAAUAUUUGGUAUGAUAAUAUGCUUAAUGAAAUAAAUGUACUUCUGGUUAUAGCUCUGGUCACAUCUUAGAGUUUGAUACUUAACUUUAUUCUUUAUGUUGUUAUCUAAGAAUCCUAUGGCAGCGUUUUAGAAACGUGCUUUAAAACCUAGUGAUUGGGUUCCUGUUUCGUUUUAAAAAUAGUUUAUCUGUCUUCUUCUACUGCACUGUAAACAGAGAAUGUUGGUCUAUACUUUGCUUUCAAAAUUCUUUUAAAAGAUGUUAUUGUGGCCUGGAAAAUACACUUAUAUUUUGAUAAAUGUUUCACAAACAUUUAAGAUGGAUAUGUAUUCUGUCUGUAACUGUCAGAACUCUAAGUGUCUGUUAUUAGCAAUGUCUUAUCAAUUAUAUUAUUGAGACUCAAGCAUUAUUUAAUUUUGACCUAUGCUCUCUGUGAACAACAACAAUAGGGCUAUGUGUAAAUCUGCUACUAUGCUUGUGUUUAUCAGUAUAUUUUUAUCACCUUUGCUUCUUAUGCUCAGCAGCUGUGUAGUGUGAGACAUGUAAGUGCAGUAUUGCUGUCUUCACCAAUUAAAUACAUGUAAACACCAGGCGCAGUACCAGGCAUACAGUAGGCACUCAAAUAAACAUUAGUUAACACCG